AGAUUAGAUAACAGGUAUAAAAAUUCCUCGCUGUGAGGGUGGUGAGGCACUGGUACAGGCUGCCUAGAGAAGCUGUGGCUGCCGCAUCCCUGGAGGUGUUCAAGGCUGGGCUGGAUUGAACUCUGAGCAAUCUGGUCUAGUGCAAGGUGUCCCUGCCCAUGGCAGGAGGUCAGAAUGAGAUUAUUUAUAAGGUCCCUUCCAACCUGGGCUAUUCUGUGACUCUGACUGCACAAGGCUUCUGCAGGGAUGUGAACUGAGCUAAAAGUCUGCAGCUUGCCAGUAUCAUCUGUGACACAGAGAGCAGGAAAUUACCGUGCUCUCCCCUGGGGAGGCUAAGACCCCUGCUCCUGCCCUCGGGAGACUGCAAAGCUGUACCUGCCACAGAGUAUCAGUGUGUGUGUCUGCCAGGUGGGAGGCUUGGGCUUCCUUCCCAGUCUGAGAUCCUGACCUGGUGUUGUGAUCCUGUGGUGAUCUAGUGGCUUUAUUGUCUGGCCCUGUGUGUUUGCACUGAUUUGGGUACUCUGAAGACUAACCCCUUCCUUGCCCCAGGGUGAGGAAGUGGUUUCCAGUCAGGUGUGCAUUGGGAGUAACUGUAUUUUGGCUUUGAAUGGCUCACCUGCCUUUGCUUUUGCACCUUGAGCCAGUCACUGCCACGGUGGGCUGGCAGGGGUGGGUGUCCCCAUCCCAGUGCAAGGUCUGCUGGCCGGUGGUGGUACCGGUGGCAGUGAUGCCUCACUCAGAGAGGCAAUCAUGGGGUGCAGGCAGCAGCCAAAGCAGUAGCUGAGGGGGAGAAGAGGGGUGAGAGAAGAGCCCCUGGCACCUCGGGGCUCUAACAAGCACCUUUUCAUCGGGCAUGAAAAGUCCUUUGGCCUGCGUUCAUGACAGCUGCCCUUUGUCUGUGGGCAUGAUGUGAAGCCACCAUUGUGGAGGGGGAGCACACAGGGAGGGCUUGUACCUUGCUUCCAGGCUGCCAGGACGUGCAGUUUCCCUGUGAACGCAAAGCGAGCUGUCGGAGCAAGUGAGUCAGGCUGGCAGAGGGGAGGCCGGGGGUGGCAGCCCCGCUGUUGCCGGCUCAGGCCCCUGCUUCCCGCACCUCCGGAGCCACUGCCGGCCGAGAGGGGAUGGAGCUCUCGGCCAAUUGGGCGCUGAUCUGAAGCGAGGGGGGGAAAUCUGCUUCUCCCCCACCCCCCCCCUCCCACCUCCGCGCUGGGGCUGUGAUUCAGUUCCCCUCCCCCAGCCCACCCCCACUGCUUGGAGGCUGACAGUUGGAGCCGCAGCCUGCCGGAGCCCCGGAGCUGUUUUCUAAGCCGUGCAAGAGAGACUCAGGGAUUUAUUCACAGUUCCUCAGUGCCUGCUGUGUCCCGGGCCGGAUGCGCACGGACAUGGAGAGUGCCAGCCUCCAGCGACCCGCCUGGAAAUGGCAAGUACUGAGUUUGUUUUUGCUCUGCGGCUGGGGCUGGGUCUCCGGGCAGAUCCACUACUCGGUAGUUGAGGAGUCAGAGUUGGGAACCGUGGUGGGGAACGUGGCCCGGGACCUGGGCUUGAAGGUGGAGGAGCUGCCAGGUCGCAGGCUGCGCCUGGGCUCAGAGGAGAGCUUGCGCUACUUCGCCGUGCGCCUGGACAGCGGCGCGCUGGUGGUGAGCCAGCGGCUGGACCGCGAGCGUCUGUGCGGAGCAGCUGCCAGCUGCGUGCUGUCGGUGCAGGUGGUGACAGAGAACCCCCUGCAGCUCUUCCGCCUGGAAGUGGAGAUCCUGGAUCUGAAUGACAACUCCCCGAGCUUCCCCACCGCUCACCGCACCCUGCGCAUCGCCGAGUCUGCCACGGUGGCUGCGCGCUUCCCCCUGGAGAGCGCGCAGGACCCCGACGUGGGCACCAAUGCUGUGAGCUCCUACCGGCUGAGCCCCAACUCCCACUUCUCCCUGGAUGUCAAGCAGCAGCCGGAUGGCAAACUCUUCCCGGAGCUAGUGCUGGAGCGUGCCCUGGACCGGGAAGAGCAGCCAGAGGUGCAGCUGGUGCUGACGGCCGUGGACGGGGGAAGCCCAGCGCGCUCGGGCACGGCACAGAUAACGGUCCAGGUCCUGGAUGUCAAUGACAAUGCACCCAUCUUUGACCGCACCACAUACAGGGUGAAAGUCCCGGAGAACACACCUGUGGGGGCUGUGCUCCUGCGGGUCAAUGCGUCUGACCCCGAUGAGGGUCCCAAUGGGGAGACACAGUACUCCUUCGGGGUUCACACCUCCGACUCCGUGCGGAGGCUCUUCACCCUGGAUCCCCGCUCCGGCGAGGUCCGGGUGAGCGGGGCCCUGGACUUUGAGGAAUCGCGUUUCUAUGAGAUCUAUGUGCGAGCCCACGACGGAGGGGUCCCGGAGAUGGAGGGCAAUUGUGUGCUGCAGGUACAAGUGGAGGAUGCCAAUGACAAUCCCCCGGAGGUGCUGCUCACCUCCCUGUUGAAUCCGGUGCCAGAAGACACCCCACCGGAGACUGUUGUGGGGCUCUUCAAUGUGCGGGACCGAGACUCGGGGGCCAAUGGGGAUGUGAGUUUGGAGAUCUCCCCCGAUGUGCCUUUUGCCAUCAGGUCCCUUCAGAACCACUUCUCCCUGGUCACCCAGAAGAGCCUGGACCGAGAGUCUACCUCACAGUACGCAGUGGAGCUGAUUGCCCAGGAUGGUGGUUCUCCUGCCCUCACCACCACACUCACGCUGCUCCUCAAUAUAUCUGAUGUGAAUGACAACCCCCCACGCUUCUCACAGCCCUCCUACGAUGCCUUUCUCCAGGAGAACAACCCGCCUGGCUCCCUGCUGUGCACCGUCUCUGCCACAGAUCCUGACGAUGGGGUUAAUUCCCGGCUUGUUUACUCCAUAGAGAGUGGCCAAGUGCAGGAUGCCCCCAUCUCUUCCUUUGUCCACAUCAACCCUGACAAUGGAAACCUCUAUGCUCAGCGCACCUUUGACUUCGAGCUGCUGCAAGUUCUGCCAGUGUCUGUGGUCGUGAGGGACUCGGGGUCCCCCCCUCUCUAUGCCAAUGUUACCGUCUACAUCUUUGUGCUGGACCAGAAUGACCACCCCCCCACCAUCCUGCACCCUGCCAGCGACAGCGAUGUGCUGGCACCCCAGAGGGUCCCACUGUCUGCCCCACCGGGCUACCUGGUGGCCAAGGUGACAGCAGUGGAUGCAGAUGCUGGGCACAAUGCCUGGCUCUCGUACCGACUGUUGCCGCAGUCCACCGACCCCUCCUUGUUCCAUGUGUCGCUGUACACCGGGGAGGUGCGGACGGCGCGGGCCUUCCAGGACAGCGACAUGGCGGUGCAGCAGCUCGUUGUCCUGGUGACAGACAACGGUGACCCUCCGCUCUCCACCACUGCCACCAUCACUGUGGCCCUGGAGGAAGCAGUCCUGGAAGAGAGCUUCAAGCCUCAGGAUUUCCUGGCUGGGGCCAAGGAGAAGCCGGACCUGACCUUCUACCUGAUCAUCGCUCUGGCAGCAAUCAGCACAGUGGCACUGGCCACCGUCACCCUCCUAGCUGCCCGGUGCCUCCGGCGCAGGGGCCGUGCCGCCGUCUCACCCUACUGCUGCUGCUGGCUCAGCGAGUCGCCCUCCCGGGACUUCUGCAAGCACCCCAGCCCCAAGCUCCAGCUCAGCUCCGACGGCACCCUUAAGUACAUGGAGGUCACGCUGCGACCCACCGACUCCCCGUCCCAGUGCUACAGCACCUGCUUCUCCCCCGGCUCCGAGCGGAGCGACUUCACCUUCCUGCGGCCCUGCCCAACCCCCGCCACGCUGCCGAGGGAGAGCGGGGCUUUCCUGCCCGCCGCCGGCACGCUGCGGGACCGCGGCCAGCAAGCUCAGCCUAACACAGAUUGGCGCUUCUCUCAGACCCAGAGACCUGGAACAAGUGGCUCCCAGAAUGGAGAGGAAGCUGGAGCCUGGCCCAACAACCAGUUUGACACGGAGGUGCUCCAAGCCAUGAUCCUGGCUUCAGCCAAUGAAGGUGCCGAUGGUAACUCGACCCUGGGCGGCGGCAAUGGCACGAUGGGGCUGAGCGCUCGCUACGGCCCCCAGUUCACCCUGCAGCACGUCCCCGACUACCGGCAGAACGUCUACAUCCCGGGCAGCAAUGCCACCCUCACCAACGCCGCCGGCAAGCGCGACGCCAAGAGCGCCGCCCCCGCCGGGGGCAACAAGAAGAAAUCCGGGAAGAAGGAGAAGAAGUAGUGAAGAAGAAGAAGGAGACCUUAGAGCUACAGGGCAGCCGGCUCCAGCACUCCCCCAAAACCACAGCCCAGGCCGGAGGACGAAUGUGAAUUUUUUUUUUUGUGGUGCAAAAGCAGGAAAUGCUGCGAAUGUAUCUCGUCAUCAUCAGAGCUGAGAGCAGGGGCUCGCUGCUCUCAGGUCUCGUGAUGAAAACCAAUCCGGAAUCUAAACCGAACGCAAACAAGUGCCCUGUGAAUAAUGUUUUGUACAAUCCCUCGGGUAUUCGAAUAUGCAAGGGCAGAAGGUCUUUUGCCAUGUCUUUGGAUCCAAUUUGCUCCCAGGUAGUCCAAGAAAGGCACAAGGCUUGUGCUCGGCUUCGCCCAGUGUAAAUAAUUUUAAUGUGGAUCUUUUAAUUUAUAGCCCUUCGGCUGUUUUUUGGAAAGGAAAAGGAAGUUCUUAGCUUAGAGCCCAUGCUCCAGUUCCUUGCUGUUAAAUUUUCCAUUCGUAAAAUUCACCCCCAGCCAAUGAUAGCGAUGGAUUUUGGAAUUUGGGAGUUGGUAGGGAGUGCUUCAGUUCCUGCUUACCUGUCAUCUGAAAAAACAACAAAAAAAAGUGUUUAUAUUGCAUGAGUCAAAGGGAAUAUGGCAAAGCUGCAUCCUAAGCAUUUUUAAUUUUUUUUUUUUUAAGUGUAACCACUAAUGGCCUGAAAUAUGAUAAGGAAAAAGCCCUCCAGCUGUGUGAGAGUCAGGGAAUUCCAUGAGGAGCACGCCGAGGUGUGCGGCAGCUGCCCCGGCAGUUCUAGGGGUCUCCGAAGAGCAGACACAUCUCAGUCCUUCUUUGCAGUAAAUAUUUAUAUGUACAGUCGAUGUUCUUAUGGAAUUAAGGCUAAGAGAGCCUCGCUCCCCGCGGCCAGGCCUGGCCGGGUGACCCGGGGACGACGCUUCACUGUCUGCACACGGUGUCUGCAUGCACGUCCCUCACCUCACAGCUGCACUGGCGCAGCAGCCCCACGGACCCGCACAGCCCCCGCAUGCCCGCGUGGGGUGCCCUGGGAGGGGUGGGAGGGGGUGGGAUGGCUCAGGUGGGCUGGGGAAACUCAUUAUUGCUUCUAGUUCGGGCCCCAAAGGUUGUUUGGGGUGGUCGGGCGGUUCCGGGGGUCUCGCCCAAAGGGGGAUCCGCGGAGCUGCCGCUGCAUGGCUUUGGUGCAGAGUUGGUGGCUGAGUAAGUGAUGGUUGUUUCGGUGGCGUUUGGGGACCAGAUCCAGACAAGGGACCCAAGAGCAGGGGGUGACGCUGCGAAAUGGGGGGCGGUGAUUGGGGCCGUGACACACGGGGCCAGCCCGGAGGAGGAGGCGAUGCUCCCGCUGGCUUUGGGCUUUGUACCCUGCGGGGAGAAUGGAAGCAUGAGGAUUAGAGUUUCUCCAUGUGCCCAUCACCAAAGCACCAGGCCAGCUUCCCAUAGCAAAGCAGCUCUGACCCCCGGGAGAGGCAGGUGGGGGCUUUGUGUAGCCAGAGCCAGGAGAGGAGCUGUGGGGUGGCCCGGGAGGGGACACACCGAGUUUCCCAGGGGGGUGUGUGUUGUUUUUUUCCUUUUUUAAUCACUAACACGUAACUCACCCGAGCAGAUCCAGCCCUUUCAGCCAGGCUCUCCCCACCCCUGCCCCCUCCCCACACCAGGGCAGCAGGAGCAUCCCUCGUGUUUCAUCGGGAUCCAGCCACCUCCGUUGCUGGCUGCACUGGGAGCGGCUCCCACCCUGUCCCCUGCAGCUGCCACCUGCCCCUCCCCUCCCCAAAAUGCUGUAGCUGAAUCGUAGUCUUUAUAUUUUCUUUUUAAUCUGCAAUCUGAGGUAGCGUAGUGAGUGUCGUGUAUUUAGUGGCGUGUUAUUUUUAAUUGCAGUAACUAACUUGUGGACAUCAGUAUUUUCAAUUUUCUCUGUAUCUUCUUUCCAAGUGGUCUGUGCUCCGAGUGUGCGUGAAAUGAAACACGUUUGCCCUUUCAAUGUGUCUAAUAUUGAAUUAUACUUAUAUAUUAUAUAUAUGCUUAUAUCCUUCUUAUACCCAUAUAGACCAAUGUCGAUGUGUUACACGCAAGUUUUAUACUCUAAUAUUUAUAUUGCUUUUUUUCUUUGGGAAAAAAAAAUAAUAAAAUGGUUUCUUCUGAA